AGCAGCAGCAUCGCGUUGGAGGGCAGUGUUCGGGGGAACGAGGACACUGAUGGCGGCUGCCAAGGCAUUCUCCGCGUCGUCCUCUUCUGCUCCUGCCAAGAGGGCUUCCACAAAGAAGCCAACGUCGAGGUACAAAGGGCCUCCUGGCAUACAGAAGGUGGUUCAGGUCUCUCCUCAACUCGGCAGAUUCCUCGAUGUCUCCUAUUGCUCCCGCACCUUGGCCGUCAAGUGGAUCUGGGUUUACAUCAAGCGCCACGACCUCCAGAACCCUGAAAAUAAGCGGGAAGUCUUUUGUGAUGAGGAGCUGAAAUCCAUUUUCCCUGGGAAAGACAGAGUUGGGUUCCAAGAUAUCACUAGGUUGCUGUCAAGCCAUUUUGUGAAGUCUGGUUGAUAAUAGCUUAAAAGUGCUUAUUUUUUCAAUUAAAAUAAGCAUUAUCAUACAUUAUUGUGAUUUAAUUCUUGCAUUUUAUAUUUAAUUGUGGAAUAUUGUUUAAUUAUUAAUCUUGAGCUUAAAUGAUAUAUUAAGAGCAUUCCUAGUAGCCUCACCAAAUUUUACUC